AUGUGGAGACUAAAUGGAUAUGAUCUGUUUAUGAGAUCUCACACAGUAAUAAGACUUGCAGUUCAUUUGCCUAAUCGCCAAAUGGUUUAUUUCCGGGCGGGAAAUGAAGAACAAGCUGUACAAAGAGAACUCACCCGAGAUACUACAUUAACUGCAUGGUUCAAAUUAAAUCAAUCUGAUGAAAAUGCGGUACAUUUUCUUUACACAGAUAUUCCUUCUCACUAUAUUUAUGAAAGAAAAGAAACUAAGUGGAAGCGACGCAAAAGAGGUAUUGCCAAAAUAAUUGCAAGGCUUUACACAGUAAACAUUAAAGAUAAUGAAAGAUUUUAUCUCCGUCUUCUUCUCCUACAUGUGACUGGAGCUAAAUGUUUUGAAGAUCUGAGAACUUUCAACGGCAUUCUUUAUGAGACGUUUAAAGAUGCAGCAAUUGCAAUGAAUUUGGUAGAAGCAGAUGAUCUGUGGGAAAAAACAAUGGAGGAAGCGACAAGUACUCAUAUGCCUGCACAGCUUAGAGAACUAUUUUCAUACAUUUGCAUUUUUGGAAAUCCAACAAAUGUACCAACGCUUUGGAAUAGAUACAAAGAAUCAAUGAUUGAGGACUUUGUACACAGUAAUAUUGUCAAUCCUGAAAAUAUGGCUUUAAAUCAUAUACAAGAAAUUUUGAAGAAUAAUGGAAGUAGUUGUGAAAAUUUAGAAUUACCAAGUCCAAAUCCAGUGAUUAUUCACGUAACAGAGUAUAACGUAGAUGAGGAAAGGAGACGUGGUGAUUAUUUGAUAUCGACACUAAAUGUUGAACAAAAACACGUGUAUGAUUUGGUCAUGCGAGCAAUUGAUAAUGAGAAUGAACCACAGCGGCUAUUUUGUAUAGAUGGGUUUGCAGGUAGUGGGAAAACCUAUCUGUUUAACACAUUUUUGAGUGUUAUCCGAGGAAGAAACGAGGAAGUUCUACCAUGUGCAUCAACUGGUAUUGCUGCCACACUUCUAAAAGGAGGAAGAACAUAUCACUCCCUGUUCCAACUUUCCAUUCCAAUUUAUGAUAGUGCUAAAUCUAAUAUCAGAGGAAACUCGAAAGCUGCACGAGAACUGAUCUCUGCUAAAUUAAUUAUAUGGGAUGAGGUGAGCAUGACUAUAGGACAUGCCUUAACAGCAGUGGAUAAACUUCUCAAGGAUUUGAUGAAAAAUUCACAACCAUUUGGAGGAAAAGUUAUUUUAUUUGCAGGAGAUUUUAGGCAAAAUCUACCAAUAGUGCCACAUGCACACAAAGCAGCAAUAAUUGAGUCGACUGUUAAAUAUAACCCGAUAUGGAGGAAUGUAAAUCAAGUUAAACUCCAGCAAAAUAUGAGAACUGGAGAGGAAAAAAAAUUUGCAAGUUGGCUGUUGGAACUCGGAGAAGGUAAAUUGUCUAAUACGGAUGGAUUACAUCCUGAGAAAAUUGAAAUUCCUUAG